ACACUUUGAGCCCCACCAGCGGGCUCCGCUCGCCGGGAUGGUGCGCCUGCUGAACUGCCUGCUGCUCGGAUAUCUGACCUGGAAUCUGCGGAUAUCGGACGCGCAGGGGGAGUACUGCCACGGCUGGCUGGACUCUAAUGGGAACUAUCAUGAGGGCUUCCAGUGUCCGGAGGACUUGGACACCAUGGACGCCACCGUGUGCUGCGGCUCCUGCUCGCUGCGCUACUGCUGCGCGGCGGCGGACGCGCGGCUGGACCAGGGGAGCUGCACCAACGACCGGGAGGUGGACAACACGGAGUUUGCAGCGCAGCCCGUCUACGUUCCCUUCCUGAUGGUGGGAAGCAUCUUCGUCGCCUUCGUCAUCGUCGGCUCUCUGGUGGCCGUCUACUGCUGCACCUGCCUGCGGCCCAAGCAGCCGACCCAGCAGCCCAUCCGCUUCUCCCUGCGCAGCUGCCAGGGCGAGACCAUCCCCAUGAUCCUCACCACCGCCCCCCCGAGCCUCCGCGCCCCGUCGCGACAGUCCAGCACGGCCACCACCAGCUCCAGCUCGGCCGGAGGAGGCAGCUCCAUGCGGAGGUUCUCCCUCGGAGGUCCGGGGCAGCAGCAGCAGCACGGCUGCCUGGUGUCCGCCACCAUCUCCUCGUCGGCCUCCACCCCCACACAGACCCCUCAGACUCUCCCUCCCCCUCCCCCUCCCCCCUACACCUCCCCACCUAUGUCAGGAGGCAUGCAACACCCCUCCACCCACACCCAGCUGCAGCUCCACCAGCCCUCCAUGUCCUCUCAGAGCGCCGGGUUCCUCCUGCCGCAGCAGUACUUCUUCCCCCUGCAGCCCGACGCCUUCUCAGCGGCGAAGGGAUUCGCCGACUUCGGACAGAGCUGACAGGGCCGACGGAGAAGGAUUACAAGGUUUUCAGAGCCCGCGAGGACAAAUACGCUGCGAUCCAGCUGGUGGUGUUUGGGUGGAGGGCCCGGGCCGGCUCAGCGGACACAGAGAGCGUGACAGGAGGACGAGGGAUAAAGUACAACAAAGCUGCUGUGGUGGAGCGGCGUGGCCAGAGGCGUUUCCCCUUCUGCAUCACAGCACACAUCGACAGAAACUCUGAAUCUGAAUCUUGUGCACUUUGUCUCUUAUUGUAAACAGACCUCACUGAGCUACAUUUUUAUUUUUUUAUACAUGCUGUCUUCUCUCCAGUCUAUCACACACCCAGAAAUACUGUAGACGGCCCGACACUGUCACUCUGAGACUUGUUUCAUUGGUAGAAAUAGACGUUGGAAACCAGGGAAAUAUCUUGUUUUUUUGACAAUCGCGAGGACCCGACACAUAAAGGACAUUUUAUUCUGGAGGAGCGUGGACUUUUAUAAGAUGUUGUUACAGGCACUAUAGCCAGAGCAGGGUUGUCAUAUUGAUUCCCUCAUUUACAUCAAAUAAAAAAAAAAAGUUGUCUCUCA